GAAGGCAAGUGUUAAAAAAAUUAAUGAAGAAGAAGAAAUUUCAAAACUUUGACUUUCGCUAGCAGAAAAAAAAUAUUGCGUUUCCUUAAAAAAAAUAAACUUCCUUUUCUCAUAUUAUUUCUUUUCCGUGUCUUGUGGUAGUUGUGUCGCAAAAACAACCAAAAAUUGGUGAGCCAAUGCCCGUAAAGGUUGAACCGCCCCCACCUGCGAACUCUAAGCAAUUGGGAGUCCCAAAUGUAACACUCCUCUACAAUGGGAGUCGAUUUAAAGGAUCCCAGAAAUCCAAAGGCAAUUCAUACGACGUUGAAGUCGUCCUGCAGCACGUUGACGAGGAGAACUCCUAUCUAUGUGGGUAUCUCAAGAUUACUGGAUUAACAUUUGAAUUUCCGACCCUCACGACAUUCUUCGAUGGCGAAAUCAUCUCCAAAAAGUAUCCAUUCUUGACGAGGAAAUGGGAUGCAGAUGAAGAUGUUGACAGGAAGCACUGGAGCAAAUUCUCAACAUUUGCUGAAUUUUACUCAAAGACCUUCAAUUCGGACAACUUUGACUACGAUAGUUUGGCGAAGAGCGACUUUGUAUUUAUGCGAUGGAAGGAACAUUUUCUCGUACCUGAUCAUACGAUAAAGGAUAUAAAUGGGGCAUCCUUUGCUGGCUUCUACUAUAUUUGCUUUCAAAAAUCAAAAGCAACAAUGGAGGGGUACUACUACCACAGAUCAUCGGAAUGGUUUCAAUCGCUACAUUUGGAGCAUGUUCCCGAUAAGUGUAUUCAAAUCUAUGAAUUUAGAUAAAAUGCCACACGAAAGGGAACUUAAGAUCCUCUUCUACUAAUAAUAUUACAUUACUUACAAAUUGAAAGGAAACAAAAGAAACCUCCAAAAAGGGAAGAAAAAAAGAACAUUUUGAAAUAGAGAAUUAGAUGAGGAGAUUUUAGAAGAAAAUCGGGAAAAGAUGCGAAAGCAGAAAAUUGAAAAUUUCUUUUCGGGCAUGUUUUGUUAAUCGGUCUUUUGCUUUCAAUGACUUCUUGUGUAAAUAUAUUUUUAAAUUAAAUCGCGUUUAUUGCCAGAGGUUUACAAUUGACAAUGAAAGCUUAAAAAAAAAGUAUAAUUUCCUUUUUACUUUGAUAAAAAUCGUCUAUCGAGAUUUUAAGAAUUUAUUUUAAGAUAAUUUUACACGAAAAAAAAAAGAAAUAUAUUACCUGGCAUUAUUGUGAAUCGAAAAGAAAUAGAAAACACGCAAAGAAAGAUGCAAGUUUAUUUAUUUAUCCCCCUCCCCCUCCAUGAAGUCCAAUAGGAGCUUAAAAAAUGCACAAUUUCAAAAUUAUAAAAUGUGCAAUUAAAGUUAUUCUUGUACUCAAAAAAGGGUGACCUCAGCAUAAUUUCAAAUAAAUGUCAUGUGUUUGUAAUUUACAAAUUCUUAAAAUUUUUCAAUAUAUAUAUUUUUAAUAUCUUAUACCUUGUUUUAACGCUUUGCAAAAAAACAUGUUCGUUAUUUUUUUUUUACCUUCUUAAAGAUAACAGAAGUUUUAUUAAUUCAAGAGUGAUUUUUGAACAACGAAUUUAUAAAAAAAAAGUAGGAAUAAAAAGAAAACAAUGUAAUUUUUCUAUAAAAAAUUAUGUGUUCUCCUCUUUUCUUUUAUCCUAGAAUUUUUCAUUUUUUUUCUUUAAACACCGAUAUCGCCAAACAAACUUAUAAUUAUCCGCUGGGAACAAUUGAGAAGAUUCAGCAAAAAUUGCCCCAAAAUACAAUCAAUGACGUCAUUAACGUGUUUUUUGCAUUGAAAUGCUUCUUAAGCGAAUAAAUAAAUUUUAUUUCUUUCAUUUAAGAAAAAAGUCAUUACAAUUUUUACAUAAAAAUGGCAUUUAUUUGAAAUUUAUAGGUACAUCACGCUUGGAACACCUGAUAGAUGAUUUUAUUGACUAAUUUUCCUCCAAAAAAAAACAUAUCAUACACAUGCUCUUCUUUUCGUAAUUAAUUAAGAUUUGUUUUAUACACGGAAUUCCUGAAAGACCGCACCCUCAAGAGAAAAAGCAAUUCGUGUGGAAAUUUUUAUUUUUUUUAGUAAAAAGUAAAAAGAAACUUUCGUUGGAAAAAAAGCUGAAAAAGAAACAACUGAAAAAUCUGAUGGUCACCAAAUGAUGAAAAGCGAAUCGGAAAACUCAUCAUUGAGGUCUACUAAAUAGUGAAAAUAUUUACAUAAAUUAAUUGAAAGAAAAAAACAAACAUUUUAUCCCUUGUCGUUGAACCCCGUUGAGAUAUGUAUAAUAGAAAAAAAAAAUAUUGUCCCUUCCAAAAAAAGCAUUUUAAUGAAGCUCUCGAAUUCUUCAAGAAAUGUGUAAUAAAAUGUCCUUAACCACUUUUAUUCUUUUCGCCCAAAAUGCAAUCAUUUGUUACCAUAGUUGAUGGAAUGAGUGAAAGUUUUUUUUCUCAGCGCACAUUUAAUAAGAAAAAAAAAUUGCUUUAUUAAUAAUUGUAGAAACAUUUAAAAUUACACUGACGCAAUUUUUUUGACAAAGUUCUCUGUGUUUGCUACAUAGAUAAAAGAAAAUGUAGAGAAAAUAAAUUACAUACAAAAGAAAAUAGUAAUCUUCAAUGUAGAUCCGCAGUUGGUGAAGAGAUUUGCAAGAGAUUAAAAAAAAAGAAAAGGGAAUUUAAGAAAAAAAAAUAGACCAGUAAAAAGCAAUUUGAUAAAAAUGUAAGAAAAAAAAACACAUCUUCACCAAUAGACAAUAAAAGUUAUUUGAGAGAGAAAAAAAAAGAAAUUCAUUAAUAAAUUAAUCAAUAUUGCAGAGAAUAUUAUUUCUCCUUUCUUCUCCUUUGAAUUUUGUCAGUGAAGAAAAUUAAAAUUGAUUUUUCCUCCUUUUUAUCGCGCACAGACCCAUUGUAAAUGCAUAAUUUCUGAAUAUAUUAGUUUGAAAACUCUGUUCUUGGAAGUAUAAACAAGAAAAUGAUAUUAUACAUAAAUUAUAAAACAAAAAAAAUAUGAGAUAACAAGAGAAUAAAGUCGUUUUUAUAUUUAA